AUGUCGGAGGCGUACGAGCGUGAGCGCCAGAACAAUGCGCGCCUGGAGGAGCUGUCCGCAAAGGUGUCGUCGCUGCGUGGCGUAACGGUGGAUAUUUACGAUAACGCGAGAGCGCAGGACGUGAUCGACAAUACUUCUGAUACAUUUUCCUCCAUGUCGUCGCAGCUGAAAGGAUCCGCCGGUCGAUUAGGUCGUAUGGCAGCAUCGGGGAACAAGGUCGCUAUUCUGAAACUCUCGGGCAUCCUCAUCGGCGCCUUUCUCAUACUAUACUAUAUCCUUAAGUGGAUUUUUUAA